AUCGCCAACGUCAGAGCGCAUCUACGUCAGAGCGUUUCGGCCAAUCUGCAACAACGUCUUGUAUGAACCGGAAAGGGUUUUCGGACUGUGGGGCCUGACAGUGGUGUUGGGUCUUGAGAGUGGUGUUGGUGGGGCAGUUACGGUCCCCGUUGCUAGUAGUUAACAAGCUAAGUAGCUAAGUUGACUGCGUUUAAGUUUUUCGGUAAAACACAACCUAUAGUUGCUUACAGCUAAGCAUAAAAAUAUAGAUAUUUGUUGCUAUUACAUUUUCUAAAUUGUUUGUUUUAUCACUUUACCCACAGGGUGCAAGUCUUGGUAGAUAGCUGAAAUAAGUCAGCAUCAAGCUGUUCAUAGACCAAAUUGAGAUUUCCGUUGCUCUACAAAAUAAAAGCAUACCAUCAGACCAUUCCCGUUUUGACCACAAAAUGCUUCACAGCGUUAACGCAAAGCUGGGAACAAUGUAAACGCAACGCAAAUUGAAUCCGUAUCUAAAAGUUAUAUCUUCUGGCCCAGUCCAGAUACGACAUGUAUCAUUUUCGCUUUUCUUUUUUUUUCUUCUUCUUUUUGAACAACUCGAAAUCUCUAACAAGACAGCAGGGCAAACUACAGCAGGAUUGUUUUUGUCGCUCAGGGGAACCAACCGGAGUUCAUGUCGCUAGCUUGGCUAACCCAGCCUGCUAGCGAGUGAUUUGCCAGCAUGCUAAUGGGGACAGUUUAACCGCAGCACACUGCAGUGAGUCUCUCCUGUCUUGAGUCCGUAGAGGUUCCAGCCGAGCUGAAGUCCGCCGAGCCAUGCGACAGUGGUCCGUCCCCACUGCGACCCUUCGCGCUGAGCCACUCCCGGGGUGCCUGUCCGUGUCACCCCCUCCGUCUGACCCCAGUAUGGAGACGUGCGAGGUGGAGCCGCGCUACACCAUCGAGCAGAUCGACCUCCUGCAGCGCCUGCGCCUCUCCGGCAUGACCAAACCCCAGAUCCUCCACGCACUGGAGUCCCUGGAGAGGCUGGACCCAGACCACCGCCCACCGCCACCCCCGUUGCCGCCACGCUGCGACUCCCACCCGGCCCCGCCCAGCAACGCCACACCCGCCGCUGCCCCCGCCCCGUCCUCGUCGUCCUCCUCGUCAUCCUCCUCGCUCUCUCUGGCCUCGGCCACCACCCAGACCUCGGGCCUCGAGGGUGCGGCACUGUCGCCCAGCAACAGCUACGAGGCUUCGCCGCCACCCUUGUACCCCCCCAGCGUGGUGGUGCAGCGGGCGUUCAGCUACGAUAUGAUGGGCGAGGAGGAGUGGGACCUGGAGGAGAAGGUGGAGGAGUACAUGAGAAGAGACAGCAACCUGGUGAAAGAGGAGAUCAAGACGUUCCUGAACAACCGGCGGAUCUCUCAGGCCAUCGUAGGCCAGGUCACAGGCAUCAGCCAGAGCUACAUCUCCCAGUGGCUGCUGCAGCAAGGCCUGGAGAUGAGCGACUCCAAGCGCAGAGCCUUCUACCGCUGGUACCUGCUGGAGAGGAACAACCCAGGCCUGAGGUGGAGUGAAAGCCAGCACAGCGUGAGUCCCAUGGCCAGGGCCAGGGCAGGGGACAGAGAUGGGACGGUAGCAGGGGCGAGCGGCACCCUCCCCAACAUCUUCCCCAACCCCAACACCAACCUGAUGCCCAACCACAGCCCGUCCUGGAGCAGGCAGAGAGAGCUGCUGGUGCACCUGCUGCCGUGGUACACAGCCGCCGCAGCGGCUGCCGCCCAGCCAGGUGCGACCUUGUCGAUGCGCUCUUUGGUGAAGGAGGAACCCGACUGGAGAACGGGUAUCAUCGCCAGCGACAGAGCGGGGAUUGUAGGCGGUCCUCUGAGGCUGCGCAGAGGAAGCAGGUUCACCUGGAGGAAGGAGUGCCAGUCCAUCAUGGAGAGCUUCUUCAUGGAGAAUCAGUAUCCAGAUGAGGCGAAGCGCGAGGAGAUCGCCAGCGCCUGUAAUUCUGUCAUCCAGAAACCAGGCUGUAAGCUGUCAGAGUUUGAGCGGGUGACGGCGUUGAAGGUGUACAACUGGUUCGCCAACCGUCGGAAGGAGAUGAAGAGAAGAGCAAACAUAGAAGCCGCCAUCUUGGAAAGCCAUGGGAUCGAGGUGCCAAGUCCGAGCUGCCACUCGAACGGCGAAGAGGGAGAGCUGCAAGAGUUUGUAGAUCAAGUGAACCAUCGGUUCUCAGAGCAGGAGGACGCCACUUCCCAGAAAAUCGUUGACCAACAAGAUGGCUCCGCGCUGAUCACUGGGGAGGCGAUGGCGGCCCCGCUGAGCCCCGACCCUCAGGGGGCAGAACAGAAGGACAGGGAUUCAAAAAGGGAGUCUGUGGACGAGGAGUGACUAAACCCAGCCAGACUUUCAAUCGUCAUGUCUGAAUAUUAUUCAGUAUAAAACAGAACAGUAAAAUGCCUCCUGCUCCACCCGCGGGUGGAACCUUCUGGGCCAAUGGAAGGAUGGGGGUGGGGGUUGGUUGAAGCCCUUUGAGGUGCCUCAGGUGAGGAGGCCACUGCAUUUAUCAACAGUAAUCCUGCUUAUAAUAAUGGCAAUAUACAGUCUACGUAUAGGUAUAUAAGGUCUGUGAUAUAUAAAUCAAUAUAUAGUGCAUUCCAAGAUGGUAUCAAAAUGCCUAAAUCCUGUGAGGGGAGCAUUAUGUAAAGGACGCCUCACCAUUUGAACAUAAGCUGUUUUUCUUGUUUAUCUUUUGCUACAUGUUUGGUUUACUCCAGCUGCUGAGUGGAACAAGCUGAGCCUGCAGGUCAGGUUUUGAUUGGCUGUUGUAGAGAGUGCGGCUUCUGUCUUUUGAUGAAACAGAAAAGAUAACAAAAAACAAAAAAAUCGCCGUCUUGUUGCUGGGUUGUCUUUGUCUGGUUUAUAAAGCGAUUGAUAGGUUUUAAUCAAUCAGCACGUGUCGUUGACACUAAAUCUGUACAACCUGGAGGGAUAACUCAGGUAAUCCCAAAGUGACAAAUUGCACCACCUUUCCUUUUAUUCUGUGUAUUAUUUUUAUUUUCUUUAAUCUAAAUUGUGCUAAAAGAAAACAGUGUUAUUUAUACUUUUUUGAUUUCAUGGUGUCCUGGACUAGAGAUGCUCCGAGAAGUCAAUUGCUGACUCUAAUCAGACAAUUUUCAACAAUCAGUCCAAAACAACCACCACUACAUGUAACCAAUAGCAGGUAGAGCAUACAGCCACACUCUUCCGUGUGGAUGUUGUUACUGUGGGAAGAACACUUGAUUAUUUUCGGUUUUAGUCAUAAAGUUAGUUUUCUAUGAAAUGUUGAGACAUAUCUGCAUAUCCGCGUGAGAGAGCAAAACUUUGAGCAGAUAACAGGAAGGCUGAAUAGACUGGUGUACACCAAAAC